GAAAUAUGACCAGCGCAGUCAGAAUAAUGAUUCACUAGAAACUCCUCGUUCACCGUUUAAGAAGGUUUUGGCUCUGUCCAGAGAAUUGUAAAAUCGAAUGGUCUUCAAGACAUUGCUAAAAAGAAGAUGGAGGUGGAGUUGUAUAAUUCCAUGAUAUGUAGACUUUGUGCAGCAGAAAAUUCUAAUGCAACCCUAUUGUACUCUCCGGAUGAUAGUGGAGAGUGUUUGAGUUCUUUGGUUAACAAGUAUUUGCCUUUACAGAUCUGCGAUGAUGGCAAACUGCCUCGCACAAUAUGCCCACCGUGCAAUCUACAAUUGCAUUCAACCAAAGCCUUCCUUGACCAUGUUGUACUUGGUCAGCAAAAAAUUCGAGAUUUGUGGAAACAACAGGUCGAGCAUCAUAAACGGUUGGAUAAAGAAAGACUGCGGAUAACCCAGGGUCAAGAAAUUAUUAUUCCUGAAACAAUAACAACAGAAGAUGGGACUGAAGCACAAAUUCUUAUUCACUUGCCAGAUGGUACACUGUUCACAGCUGAACAUGGCCUCUCAUUAAAAAUGGAAGGCUUAGAAAAGCCCAAACGGAAAAGGGGAAGACCACCAAAGCCUCGCCCAGACCCAGAGCAGACUGUUUCACCUACUGAGGCAACUACUAGUACUGAUAAAGACAUUGAGCAAACUCUGAAUGAGUCUAUGGAACAAGAUGAUGGCGAUGAAGAUGGUGAUGAUGAAGGAGAAGGAAGACGAAGAAGGAGAAAGAAAAUCCCUCGCAGAUUCAUGGAAGCUGUUCAAGGAAAAGAGCUUGAAAGAAUGUUUCGGGAGGAAGGUGUGAUUGAUGAGGAUGAUGAUGAUGCCGGCAAGCUUAAUUCUGAUAUCUCAUUGCCUACUCCAUCCUCUAAAGACGAAGUGAUAGGUCACUUAGAGACUCCAGAUGGUGAAAAUCUUGGAGAACUUGUGAUUGUAAACCGCGGCCGAGGACGAGGAAGACCCCGUAAUUCAAAGAAGCGAAAGAUUAAUUUUGAGUGUGAAGUAUGUGGAAGAGGAUUUCAGCACCGCAGUAGAUAUUUGUUACACAAGAAUUUCCACAAAGGAAUGAAGUAUGAAUGUGGCACCUGCCAGAAACAGUUUAAUAGUAAAGAAAACUUGGAAUUACAUCACAAAGCACUUGAGCACUCAGGGGAAGUCAUUAUUGAAGUCCCUUCUGAAAUCAAACCAGAGGAGGUACCCAAUGAAAAUAAUUUGCAUUGCGAGAAAUGUGAAAAGGAAUUUUCCUCUAAGGAUGAUUAUGAGCUUCACUUGCAGUCUGUUCAUGGGGGUGAAAAACCUUUCAAGUGCCAGCUAUGUCCCAUGACCUUUCCAUACCAGUCCAGUCUUAGGUACCACAUCACAUCACAACAUGAUGCUGCUAACUCAGAACAAGCUCCUGCCUCAAAUACAAUCACUGAUCCUAAACCUGAUGGCAAAGGUGGUUAUGAGUGUGACAUAUGUGGGAAAGUUUUAAAUCACCCAAGUUCUGUUUUGUACCACAAAGAAGCAGAACAUAACGAUGGGCGUCGUUUUGUCUGUAGCAAAUGUGGGAAAGGAUUCAAACACAAACAGCUACUUCAAAGACACCAGCUUGUUCACUCGGAUGAUAGGCCAUUUGUGUGCAAUGAUUGUGGUAGUAGCUUUAAAACAAAAGCAAAUUGGCUCAACCACCAGUCUACUCAUACAGGAGAGAAGAAAUUUUUCUGCGAUCUUUGUGGGCACCAAUUUGCUCAUAAAACAAGCCUUACUUUACAUUAUAGAUGGCAUGAAGGACAUAAGCCAUAUGAGUGUCAUGUUUGUCACAAAAAGUUUUCCCAAAAUGGUAACCUUCAGGAGCAUCUUCGAAUUCACUCUGGUGAGAAGCCUUUCUGUUGUGAUUAUUGUGGUCGAAAAUUCACAACAUCUUCCCAGUUCAAGCUUCAUGUUAAGAGACACACCGGAGAAAGACCUUGGAAAUGUGAGUUUUGUGGAAAGUCAUUUCUUCAUAAAGAUACCUGGAAAUGUCAUACUAGAAGACACAAGGGUGAAAAGCCUUUCCGUUGUAAUUUUUGUGCUCGUGGAUUUACUGAACAAUGGGCCUUGAAGAAGCACAUGCGUCUACAUACUGGUGAAAAGCCGUAUUCAUGCAAUGUGUGUGGGAAGGCUUUUGCUGAUUGUUCAAACCUUACAAAACACAAAAAGGUCCAUAGAGAAAAUAAAGUGCCUCUUGGAAGUGCUGUGCCUAUGGAUCGAGCUGUAUGGAAUAUUAUCAGAACCCAAAUGACUGAUGACCUUAGUGCUACCGCUGGUGGAGAUGAUAUGGUUGGUGUAGGUAUUGUGCCUAAUGCACAAGGUUUAACCAGCGUUAAUGAAGAUGGAGAAGCUGUCCAGCAAAUCAUUUAUGUGUCCUACCAAGACCCAGACGAUCCCUCUGAAUCACACACUUUGCACAUUGUGGAUGACGUCGCUGCUGGAACAGCAGAUGGUCUGAAACUUCUUUCAACUGGAGAUGACACAACUCACUUUGGUGAUCCAGUUGUUGGAGAUGCUGAUACAACCCUGGAUCUAGGUCAAUUAAUUGCACCCCAGGGCCUGCCUGUGACAGAUGAAGAAGGAAAUCCCAUUCAUUUUACAAUGCAGGAUGGAAGCCAACUACAGAUAACUACACCUGAUGGACAAUCAUUGAUGGUAACUACUGAAGAUGGAAGAGCUAUUCCAGUUCAGUUGACCACUCCGGAUGGGCAUCCCAUUUCAACCGGUUUCUCCACGGCUGAUGUGUCAUCACAUUCACAGUUACAAGUUGCUUCAGACUUAGGUGGCAAGGCACUGGCAUGUGUCGGGGACGGCUUAAUAGUGGAACAUGCAGGAGUUGGAGCUGUUGAUACUGACAAUGAUGUGGAACAGCACAUAGAAUUUACAACAGAAGAUGGUAGAAAAUUAAGAUUUGUUGCAUCUUCUGAUGUCAACCAGCUUCAACUGGUAGAUUUGAUGUCCGCUCAUAUGCCUCAGGUUCAGUGAAUUAAAUUCUAUACAAUAUUUGAAGAGAAUUAUCAUAUAAAAUGUAAAAUUUUCUACAUGCUGUAUAAUGUGUAUUGUUAUAAAUAUGAGCUUAUUUUCUUUGUUGUAACAAUGUUGUUGGAUCAUUAGAUCAUGGAAUUAUAAGGAAAAUGCACAUUGCAUUGUGCAUAAUGUUGAUCACUCCAGUGAUAAUUCAUUAAAUUGUGAAAUGUUCUACUGGAAAGUGUUUCAGAAUACUCUGAUCUUUAUUUUGAAAGAGAGUGUUUAUAAAUUCUAUAUUUGAAAUCAUAACUGCAAGAAGAUUACCAAAGAACUUGCUGAAUUAUAAUAAUGUGAUGCAAUAUAUGAUUAGCAGGGCAAUAAAAAUUCUUUACAAUGA